UUUGUGUACAUAACCAAACUUUUUUUAGACUUUCAUGCCUUUGUGAAUCUUGUGUUUCAGAAGAUAACAUCUUAAAGUGCCCCUGCGAAUGUCUAGUAUUCACUAGGACGAGACAAGAAAGAGCAAAUGGAUACUGAAGAAUACUUUCCUCGUGGCAAAAUCGCCAAUGCCACCGAAAUCAAGCCCUUCUCCGUUCACACGAACUUUUUAUUUGACACCAACAAAAGAAAAAAUUCCACUAGUGAGUAUGAUAAUGUGAAAAGAACUCGAUUAAAUGAAAAAUCGAGCAACGAAUUCGUCUUGGAAAUAAACUACAGUACUAUCGAAGUGGGAAUGACCCUUCUGGCGUGUGUUCGGUCCAUUACGACUUUAUCCAUCGAAGUGGAACUCCCUGGGAAAAUGUCGGGGAAAAUUAAGAUCACGUCAAUAUCGGACCCCCUCACAAAACUCCUGCGGCAAAAAGCAUUGGGUACACUUACGGACGAUUGCGCACAAUUGGACAAAAUGUUUAGCAUCGGGCAGUUUAUUCCAACGAAGGUGCUGUCGAAGGAAACCACGGGAAAAGGCACAGAGCUGGCAUUAUCGAUGAGCCCUACAGAUUUACAUCGCACUUGGAGCUAUGACAAAUUUAGGAAGGGUUGCGUGAUAUGGACUGCGAUCGAAAGUCGGCAGGAUCACGGUUAUCAGUUAGAUGUCGGUAAUGGUGACUGUCGAAUAUUCUUACCUGAUAAGAACGUCGGAUCGGGGAUGACCUACGGCAUUGGCCAACCGUUAUGGUGCGUGGUAAAGAAGUCGACAAUAUUGGGUGACACAAUUACAUUGGUCGUUAGUCCUUUAGAUGGUCAAACUAAACUGACGGACGAUGCGGAGGCGUUUAAUUUGAUACCCGGGACGCCUGUCAGUUUUACGGUUUCUAAA